AUGCGGCGCCAAGAGGAGGGCAAAGGGGGCGGCCCCCACUACCAGACGGUGACGGCGGUGCCCGCGAGGGUGCUGGAGACGGCCGCCAAUGGCACUGGCACCGGCACUCCCCCCGCCGCUGCCAACGCCACGGCCGGCUCAACCCCGCCCUCCUCGACCAACACCACGCCGAAGACGCCAAAGAAAGCCCUGGCCACGUGGGGGAGGCGCGUCGGGAAGAAGCUCGAGCAGCUGACGCGGACGCCCAGCAAGGAGAAGGUCAGCUCCAACAUGUUCUCCAGAAGCAGCUCCACCAGGUCGGCGGGGACCGGCGCGUCGCCGCCGUCGUCGGGGGGCGCGUCGUGGGGCGGCAGCUCCGUGCCCGGGACGCCCUCCCCCGAGAGCCGCAGCGUGGAGGCGCGCCAGCUGUACCGCUCGUGCUCGGCGUCGCAGCUGGGCACGUACCUGGCGGGCGACGACCCGACGGCGGGCCUGGACCUGGGCGCGUCGCCGCCCUCCGCCGCGCCCUACGUCCCGACCAAGACGGUGAGCUGCGAAAACAUCGCCUCCUUGGGCGGCGCCCGCGCGUCCUUCCCCCACGCCUUCCUGCGCUCGCGCCCGCAGGCCGCCGGCGCGCAGCAGGCGGAGGCCCAGGAGACGCACACGCCCAUCACCGAGACGCCCUCGCGGCCGCCCAGCAAGCGCCUCACGACCCUGCGCGACUCGGUGUGCGACGAGGACACGCGGGAGCUGAUUCGGCAGAAGCUGCGCGCCGUGUCGGAGGAGAACUGCGCCGCGAGCCCCGCCCACCGCAACCUGGGCGGCCUCAAGCUGCGGCUGCACCCGAUCCCGACGCCGCUGCAGCCCCGCUCGCGCUCCUUCUCGGCCACGGCCAUCAUCGAGGCGGACGCCGCCUACGCCGCCGCCGAGCGCCCGCCCACCCGCCAGGGCGCGCGCGUCCACCGCGCCGACAGGUUCCGCGCGCGCAGCGAGGGCCGGGCGGCGGCCGUGUACCUGAGCAGCAACGAGAGCGGCUACGAGUCUGACGGCGCCAGGCAGGAGUCCCCGAAGGCGAGGGCGAAGAAGGCGGAGAGCGACGCGGACUCGGGCGUGAGCACGGAGAGCCACUCGGAGACCAACUCGGACUCGGGCUCGCUCACGGGCGCCGACAGCGCCGGCCUCGACCACUACGCCAAGCUCGACGCCUGCGCCAAGCUGGACGACUACGCCAAGCCCGACAGGUACGCCAAGGCCGAGAACUACGCCAAGCUGGAGGAGUUCGCGCGCGAGCCCUUCUCGCACGCGAGCGCCGACUACGCCGACUGCAGCGUCACGCCCAAGUACAGCGACGACUACACCGACUACAGCAGAGUGCUGCGCCACAGCAGGCUGGAGCGGCAGAGCAGCGGGCCGACGCCGUCGCCGGGGUCCAAGUACAACCUGACGGACGAGGAGAAGCUGGUGCCGGGGCGGUCGCGCGGCCCGCGGCGCCUCUCCGACCCGCCCGACCUCAUGUGUCGCCGCCAGAGGUUCCUGGCGUCGCAGCUGGAGCGGCGGACGUCGCCGCUGAGCCCCCUGCGAGGCGCCCUCAGCGUGUUCCGCGAGGCCUCCGAGGACGGCGAGCGGUGCGCGUGGUGGGACGAGUCGAGCACGCCCCUGCGCGGGCACCUGCGGGCGGCGGCGCUGGCGCACCCCGUGCCCGAGUCCUACUCCACGGCGCCCCUGUCGCUGCCCGUGUCCCUGGCGCGCUCGCCCACGCCGCGCACCUUCCGCCUCAUGCGGCUCGUCAAGGACCACACGGGCGAGCUCGGCAUCUACAUCACCGCCCGCAGGAACGCCCGCGGAGCCACCACCGGAUACGUCAUCGCGCACAUCGAGAAGGGCGGCCUCACCGACAGAGACGGCCGCUUCCGCGUGGGCGACGAGAUCAUCAACGUGAACGGGCGGCGGCUGCGCGGCGUGACGCUGGACGAGGCGCGCCACAUCCUGCGCUCCACGCCCAAGGAGGUGGACAUCGUGAUCGCGCGCGACGUGGACGUGCACCUGCACCGCGAGUACAACGGGCAGUGCCACGCCCACGACGAGAAGCCCUCGGAGGCGGAGGCGGCGCGGCGGCUGAGCGAGGCGUGCGGCGAGCUGUACACGGCCGACCGCGCCUUCCGCCAGGAGCUGCUGGACGCCGACGACGUCCUGGGCGUGCGGCGGGAGCACUUCGUCCCCUACUCGGACCGGAGCCUGCCCCGGCGGCGGGGGUCGUACUCCGACUACGACGACUAUGGCGACUACAGCACCCUGGCGCCGCUCGAGGCGUACCUCCCCGGCUACGACCCCUCCCGCGCCACCGUGUCCGUGUCCGGCCCGGUGUCCGUGACGGUGCCCCUGACGGACUGCCCGACGUCCCUGCCCGCGACGCUGCCCCCCGCCGCCGCGGAGCAGUCCCCCGCCACGACCUUCGCCUCCUCCGUCCCCGCCGCGUGCAUGGGCGCUCGCGACGACUACUACGACGUGCACGCGUCCCGGAAGAGCAACCUCCCGCGCUACGUGAACGGCGAGGCGCGGUACUGCUCCUCGCAGGACGUCCGCGACGCGGUGGACGUGCGCUACUCGUCCGCCAGCGACGUCAGACUCUGCGCCGACAAGACCUUCAGCGCCGACAUCUACAAGUCCAAGCUGAUCCACGUCGAGCCCGAGGACCCGCAGGCCGAGACCCGCCAGGCCAGCAUGAUCCCCAGGCUGUCGACGCCCCACAGGACGCUGGCGGAGAGCCGAUCCAGCCCCGCCACGCCCUCCAGGAAGUCCCCCUUCGGCAGCAGGAAGUACCCCCCCGUCACGCAGCGCUUCGCCAGUCCCCAGGGCUACUCCAAGCUGCCGUCGCCCUCCAAGUCGGAGCCGCGGGGCCUGAGCUCGACCCUCCCGCGGCGCCCCAAGAGCCUGUCCAUGUCGGUGCAGACGGUGGUGUUCGAGAAGGGGCGCGGCCGCAAGUCCCUCGGCUUCUCCAUCGUCGGGGGGCGCGACUCCCCCAAGGGCAGCAUGGGCAUCUUCGUCAAGACCAUCUUCCCGAACGGCCAGGCGGCGGAGGAGAACAAGCUGAAGAACGGCGACGAGAUCCUGGCCGUGAAUGGCGAGUCGCUGUCGGGUCUGAGUCACGCCGAGGCCAUCGCCGUCUUCAAGUCCAUCCGGGCCGGCAAGGUCAUCAUGCACGUCGGCGGAGGACGUCGAGCAGCGGCAGAGCUUCCAAGUCGAAGUCCUGCGACGAACUGGACAAGAUGGAGUGAAGGGCCAAGGAGAGGGGACGUCCUCCUCCUCAGCGACGUCGGGCAUCGGGUCGGCUCGCGUCGGGCGGGUCGGGCGAAGGCGUGACCCGACUCGCGCUUCGACUCCCCCACCCCCAACCCCCACCACACUACCCCACCACACACGACCUCACCACACCACCCCCCUCCACCACGCGCAAAAAAGUGGACAUUUGAGGCCAGAAAAACGCGGAGGAAGCGAGCGGCCGGAGGAGAGAACGUUGUGCAGAUUCGCCUGCCGUAAACGUUAUUUCUGUCGCGAAAUGAAAAUGAAAAUGACAGGAAAAGGACGAGAGUGACUUCUUAAUUAAUAAUAAUAAUAAUAAUGAUGAUGAUGAUAAUAACGUCUCUGUAUGAACUUUUUAAAACUCCUUUCCCUGUGACUCGACUCGAGAUAGUCGGGUUCGCUGUGUACGGGUCUGAAGCAACGCCCUCUUGUGAAUCGCAUUUUUAAAAGAAGUUUAUUUUUUAACGGAACUGCUAAUGUGUAAUAUACGCGGUUAUAUUGUGCGAUGAUUCCCGGAAGGAGCUCGGGAAAGUGACUCUAUUUAUGCAGUGUACAUAAAUUUCUUUUUUAUAGCUUUAAAGGGAACUUCUUCUUUAUUUUCCGUUUGAAAUGAAAGUUUCGGAACGAGUUGAUGUGAGGAUUUAUGAUUUGUGUUUUAAUGUGCUCUUUUUUUUAAAUAUUUCAAGUGGAGAAAAAAAAGUGCAAGACAGACAGACAUAUGGAAAUCGACGCAUGACACGAGAAACUUUGAAAGGUCGAUUGUAGAAAUAGACGAAUGUGAAAGGUACAGGACAGCCGGUCUCCGUCGCCUCAGCGGACUAUUGCGGGGAAAAUCCUCUUGCAGUCUGUGAAAAAAAAAAAUACAGUGCAACAGAAAA